UAAUGCAUACAUGCUUUGUUUAGAUUUUUGAUAAUAGAAGGUAAAUGAAGAGCAGUGGUAUUUUUUUGAUUGAAAAACACAUGACGGUGAAGGAGAGCAGGAUAGAAAAUUGAAACAAGAGAAUAAUAAGGAAUCAAAUAUAAUGGUGUUGAAAAUUGGCAGCACCAUCACCACCAGUCCUCCUCCCCUUUCUAUAUUUAGCAACAAUCAACACCCUUUCUCUAUUCCAAUCCAACAACAUUCUUCUUCUUCUUCAAGAUCCCUUUUCAUGUCUUCCCUUAAUUAUAACUCUAAUAAUAUUUACAAUUCACCCCCUGCUUCUGCUGCUGCUAUUUCCUUCCAGCCUUCCAUUCUUGUUUUCUCAGGAGGGACUGCUUUUAAUGGUGUGGUUGAAGAGCUUAAGAAGUUGACUACUAGUGUUGCCCAUGUUCUUCCUGUUUCUGAUGACGGCGGAAGUACAGCUGAGAUUGUCCGUGUUUUAGGGGGUCCAGCAGUUGGAGACAUACGGUCAAGAUGCUUGCGGUUGUCUGAUCAAAGUACUUCUGAGGCUCUUGCAGUGCGGACUUUGCUUGGUUAUCGUCUCCCUCUCGAUGCACAAGCAGCCAAGUUAGAAUGGUACGGCAUUGUGGAAGGGGAACAUCUUUUAUGGAAAGAUGUUUCAAAGCCAUACCGAGAAACCAUUCGUGCCUUUCUUGCCUAUUUUCAGAAUCAGAUCCUUCGAAGAACCAAUGAGUCAUUUAGUUUUAGCAAUGGGAGCAUUGGUAACUUUUUCUUUGCAGGUGCACGUAUAUUCUUUCAGUCUCUGGAUGCUGCAAUAUUUUUGUUUUCGCGUGUUUCUCAGAUUCCAUCAGAGAGUCUGGUCCUGCCAGUGAUAUCCACCAAUGAUCGCCUUACUUUGGGGUGUGAAUUAUGGGAUGGAACGAUAAUUCGUGGUCAGAAUGAGAUAUCUCAUCCGAGUAGUGGAUCAUUGCAACUUAUAGAUAAGGUAAAUUCCUCCGCUCUACCUUCAAGAAUAAAGAGGGUUUUCUACAUGUCCAGUGAAGGAAGCAACUUAUUACACGAGGUCUUCCCCAAUGUAAAUCCAUCUGUUCUUGAACAGUUGAGAAAUGUGGAUUGCAUUGUAUAUGGCAUGGGAUCCCUCUUUACUUCCAUCUGUCCCUCUCUGGUCUUGCUAGGAGUUGGGGAAAUUAUUGCUUCAAGAUCAUGUGCAAAAGUACUUUUGUUGAAUGGUACUUCUGAUCGAGAAACUAGUGGCUUUUCAGCCUCUUGCUUUGUAACUGCCAUCACCGAUGCUCUAAAUAGAACUUAUGGUCAUCUCAACAAUCGUCUAGAAAACAACCCAAGUGAAUAUAUUAACACUAUUUUUGUGCCAAAAGGUGGUCAAGUACCUGUAGAUGUCAAAUGCUUGGCUGCCCAAGGAAUCGUUCAUGUGGUCCCCGUUGAGUCAGUGCAUGAUCCAAAAGUGGGUAUAGUUUAUGAUCCGAAAUCUUUGAUACAAGCUCUUGCUAGCUUACUAACCGCAAGCAUGAACAAGCAAAGCUAAGGGGAUAUUAUAACACCAACAAUAGCGUCACAUGAUUAGCAUUUAUGUUGGGGAUUUUCUGCAAUCUUUAGUCCCUUCAAAUUCAACUUUAGUUCAAGAAAUGGCAUAAGGUACCAAGUAAUCCAUUUCAUUAUGUAGAAGUAUGAAGUAGGAAGCUCUGAAGCUAGCAGAAUUGUCUAAAAUUUAGCUGGUGACUAUCAUAGCAUUCUCCUUGCAAGUAUUAGCUUUGUAUAUAUGUUGUGAUUCAAGUUGGCAACAUAGUCAGUUUCAAAAACUUACCAUUUGUACUUCCAGCUUAAUUUUGUAAAAAUAGAAAUACAGUGUUCUUUAGAAUCAUACAACCGUUCCAUGAAAUACAGUGUACCUGACAACUUGAGUUACUAAUACUUGGUUGUCACAUUUGCUCUCCUGUUAGGGGUUGAGUUGAUAGCUGUGCCCGAGUAUGUGAAUGGUCUUAAGCCCACUUGAAAUUAGUAACCUCCUAUUAUUAUUG